AAUACGACAGAGGCUGUCCUGAUUGCAACCCUCUUCUUCUCCUGCACAGUGGACUUGCUCUCCCUUCACCUUUUCUUCCUACUCUCUGGUGGGGUCGUCGUCAUCAUCAUCAUCAUCAUCAUCGCUGGACGUGUUUCCUCCAUUUCCAACUAUCCGAUAAUGUCCCAGCACCCCAAUGCCCUCAAAAUCAACAUUGACACCGAUUCUAAGCACGACCACGACACCGAGAACCAAGUCGUCGCCAGUGAUGCUGCGGCGCCGUCUGUGCCCUCUUUGUGGGGUGUCCCUCUAAAAUAUAUCUCCCUGGUGACGCUGGCCGUCCAGAAUUCCGCGUUAACGAUUAUCAUGCACUACUCGAGAGUGUCUACACCUCCAUCCCAGGUCUAUUCAGCUGCCACCGCCGUACUGAUGAAUGAAAUCCUGAAGGGCGUGAUCUCCCUCAUCUUCGCGUUUUCGCGCAUUGACGCCUCCUCACCUCUCUCAAUCCCCGUACCCUUCAACCCAGAGCCCCCAAAGCCCCGUUUCUUACGUUCCUGUACACCUUCUUUGCUUCUCGUCCGUGUCAAGAAGCUUUGUGCAGAGUUGUUCAGUCCGGAUUGCUGGAAGCUUUCCAUUCCUGCUAUCCUAUAUGUCAUCCAAAAUAAUUUGCAAUACGUAGCAGCCUCGAAUUUGGAAGCAGCCACAUUUCAAGUUAGCUACCAGAUGAAAAUCCUUACAACAGCCGCGUUUUCCGUUAUGAUGCUCCGGAAAAGGCUGCUAUCCACUCAAUGGAUUGCCCUCCUUUUCUUGGCCAUUGGCGUCGGCAUCGUUCAAAUUCAGACCGGUGCAUGCAAAGAUGACGCCUCCGCUGUUGACGCUCACUCCAUGAAUGCUACCAAGGGCUUCCUAGCGGUCGUAGCCGCCUGUUUCACUUCGGGGCUUGCUGGCGUAUAUUUUGAGAUGGUUCUCAAAAACUCUCAGGGUGACCUUUGGGUCAGGAACGUCCAAUUAUCAUUAUUCUCCUUGCUUCCAUGCAUCGCGCCCAUCAUUGUUUCCAGCUCCGGCUCCGGCUCGAACUUCGGCUCUGUGUCUGCCCUUUUCCACAACUUUGGUCCGUGGGCGUGGGCGACUGUAGGCGUCCAGGUUCUUGGUGGCCUAGUCACCGCUAUGGUCAUCAAAUACUCGGACAAUAUUCUAAAAGGAUUUGCGACCAGCCUCAGCAUUGUCCUCUCUUUCCUCGCGUCGGUGGCUUUAUUCGAUUUCCACAUCACAUUUACCUUCAUGUUGGGUUCAGCUAUUGUCCUGAAUGCGACAUGGCUGUACAACCAACAACCGCGGAGGGUCGGGUUGGGUGUGUCUAGAGAUACUAAGACAUGGUCAGCAUUGGGCUGGAAUGAAAAGCGGCUGAUAGUUUAUCGCUCGCCUUCCGUUCCGACCCUCGGGUCUGGGAUGUUUUCUUCGACAACGUCUCGGUGUUCCUCCGUUGCCUCACUUUCGUCAUUAUCAGUCAAUAAUGUUCCGUUGGCGGAAUCGGACCUCUAGGAUGAUGGCAUCCCACAGUAUAUACUUCGCAUUCACAUACAAUACAUAUACACAUACACCUUGCAUACACCCGGAAAUUUCGACUUUCUUGCCAAUUCUGGCGUGUUCAUGAUCUUAUACCCGGAACUUUACCUUUAUCUAUGGCGACUAGUAACUUAUACAGUACUUGGAUUUGUAAUAACGGACACUACUUAUUCUUAAAUCUUCAUUUUUCGGACUCAUUGGACUAGUCAAAAAUAGUUGUGAUUCAAAACAUGGGACCCUUCCGACUGCUCCUACUGCUCCUAC